AUGCCACUCCGACAACGGUCUGAACGCCUCCUGUGGUUCCGGUCAGAACGAGAGCAAGCUCGUGUGGCAAUAGACAACCCCGUUGAUGCUGCUGCGAACCCUACGGAUCUUGUCCGCGUAGUAGAUUUUGCGAACAACUCCGGUCCGUCUAUGCGCACACAAUGUUCUAGGUCAGCCGUGGUGGCACUGGCAGCUGAAUUCGACUGCAUCGAACGUACCAAGACCACGCAACCGGUCUCAGAGGUGAUCAAAGAACUGCCUACGGAUCAAGCUGUUGAUGGAGUGGUUCCUGAGAUCCUGGUUUCGGAUAUAGAUCCAAUCCUUAUAACGCAGGACAAGGAUGAUGAUCAUAACAAAGAUUAG